AUGACUUACGGUGCCGAGACAUGGACGCUCAGGCAGGAGGCUGUGUAUAGGAUGAAAGUUCUACAGAGAGCCAUAGAGCGUGUUAUGCUCGGUAUGAAGCUUAUAGACCGUGAUCCCAAUGUCCUGAUCCGAAGUCGAUCUAAGGAGAAAGGUAUAAUAGAACUGAACUACAAAAUGGAAACAGCUGACAGUAACGAGGGCAGACCUAUGAAGAGAAAUCGAGAAGAAGAGGAAGAGGAAGAAGAACUAGAAGACAGAGAGGAAUUAAAGUGGUCUACAGUCGAAAAGAAGGGGAAAAAGUAA